AUGUAUAAAAAACUCAUCCGUCCGCUGUUCCAUAUUCGCGUAAUGUUCGACAACUUUCUUAGUAUGCUGCGUAAGCGUCGCCGCCUUGACAGUGUUCCGGACGCAACUACGCCAUGGCCGGCAGAACGUGCAGCUAACGCCGACGAAUAUUGGAAUACAUUAUUUAAUACGACAAACAACACAAACGUCGCGAACGCAACAAAUAGGGCUUCCGUCUCCACUACCGCCUGCACUGCCGUACCGCAUUUAAGCACAACGAAGUACAGUGGGGCUGUCGAUAACGACUUGUCGUUGCUACAGCUGCCCUCACUAGAACUCUGCUCAAUUGAUAGGUAA